AUGGGGAACUCUACUCCUGGCCAGGUAAAGAAACAACUGAACGGCAUCACUUUGCUUUGCCUGGCUUUUGUGAUAUGUAAUAGUUGGGCUGGUAUUGCCGGGAGCCUUCAGCUAGCACUCCUGGCUGGAGGACCAGCCACCCUUAUCUACUCAAUCCUCGUUACCACUACAGCCUACUUUGCAAUAGCAGCAUCAAUGGCAGAGUUAGCAGCCGUUUACCCAACAGCAGGUGGGCAAUAUCACUUCGCCUCUAUUCUCGCCCCAGAGAGAUGGAGACGAGGGGUGUCAUAUACUUGUGGGCUAUUGGCGCUUUUCUCUUGGCUCGUUAUUGGGGUUUCUGUCACCAGUAUUGCGGCUCAGCAACUCCUGGCUUUGGUAUCUACGAGCCUCUCGGAUUUUGUGCCUCGACCCUGGCACGUUUUCUUUGUCUACCAAGGAUUUGCGCUCCUUGCAAUGCUAUACAACGCCUUUAUCCUGAAAAAGAACCCUUGGACACAUAAUCUUGCGUUUAUCCUGACAAUCGCCCUAUUUUUGGCGUGUUUCAUUCUCCUCCUUGUAAGAGGCAACCCGAAGGAAUCUCACGAGUUCGUCUGGAACACGUUCUUGAACUAUACUGGUUGGCCAGACGGCGUAUGUUUUCUCAUCGGUCUUUCGACAUCUUGCUACAUGUACAAUGGCCUCGAUGGCGCCAUGCAUAUGGCCGAGGAAUCUAGCAACCCGGAAAGAGUUGUACCUCGCACUAUGAUGGGUGCAAUUGGAAUUGGGUUCACCACGGGGUUUGCCUAUACAGUGGCCCAAGUUUAUGCCAUAUCUGAUAUCCAAGAGAUCAUGACCACGACUCAGUAA